AUGGGCUGCUUACUUAGCCAUAAUAACACAAAAGUCUCCCUGAGCCAGGCUGUUGUUCCCUCGUGCUUCAAGGAAACCACCAUCAUUCCAGUGCCAAAGAAGUCAUCUCCAUCCGGCUUCAACGACUACCGCCGCCCCGUCGCACUAACUUCCACCAUCAUGAAGUGCUUCGAAAGGCUGGUCAUGAAGCAGAUCAAAUCCACCCUCCCCCCAUCGCUGGACCCGUUUCAGUUUGCCUACCGAGCUAAACGGUCCACAGAGGAUGUGAUCGUCAAAGACAUGAGGCCUUUGUCUCUCGUUGAGAGUGAAGCCUUCAUAGAUAUGAUUGAAUAUGCCUGCCCAGGCUUCAAAUGUCCCUCCAGGUGGUGGUUUACCAAGCAGCUGGAGAAAGCAUACCAAUGUGCUCUUGAUGAUCUGAAGGGAAACUUAAAGAAGAGGUCCUCAAAGAUAACGCUCACCACCGAUGCCUGGACAAGUAUUGCCACGGAGGCAUACCUUGGAGUGACUUGCCACUACAUUAAUGAAAACUGGGAGAUGGUCUCAUUUGUUCUUUGCACAAAGCCCCUUGAGGACAGACACACUGGUGACAACAUCGCUCUCUGGAUUGAGGAGGUCGCUGAGAAGUUUGACUUUUCUCUCCAUGAUGGUGUCCAGGCAAUUGUCCACGAUAAUGCAGCGAACGUUGUGAAAGCCCUUAGAAUCCUUGAGGAGAAGCAUGGUGUUGCCUCACUUCGAUGUGCUGGCCAUACCACCCAGUUGAUUGUCAACCAUGCACUGAAAGAGCCCCGAAUCAACAAGGCACUUGGGGCAGCAAGGAGCCUCGUCACAUACUUCCACAGCAGCGAGGUCGCCACCCUGAAGCUGAAACUCAAACAAGAGCAAAUGGGCACACCGCAACACAAGUUGUCACAGGAUGUACCCAUCAUAUGGAAUAGCUCUUUUUACAUGAUCAAACGCCUCCUUGAGCAGCGGUGGCCUGUAACCGCAACCCUCUCAGACCCAAAGGUCACCAAGGCAGCAAAACACUACCUGGAUAUGAGAGCUGACCAAUGGAGCAUCCUGGGGGACCUACAUCAAGCACUUGAGGCCUUCGAGCAAGCCACCGUCUUCCUGAGUGGAGAGGCAUAUGUCACGGUCUCUGUCCUGCCUCCGCUGGUGAAAGGCCUACAGAAGUCCACGCAGAAAGCCUUUGAGUCUGCUCCAAUUGCCACCUUCCAAACUGCAGCCGCAGCAGAGAUAGCUUCAAGAUGGAAGGUUGAGACUACUUAUGACGAGGACGGGAAGAAUGUGUGCAUCUUCGCCGCGGCCCUUGAUCCGAGAUUCCGAAAACUCAAGUUCUUGUCCACAGAUGACAUCCUGAAGGUGAAAAUCAAACUUCAGACCCUUGCACUUGAUGCCAGACGAGUACGAGUGAGGGAAGAGCCUGACUCCCCCAGUGGCCAGCUAGAUCACUCAAGAGGACAGAAGCCAAAGUCUGUCCUGGACACAUUGCUUGGGUCAGAUGAUGAGGAGGAGGAGAUGGAAGAUGACGACCCAGCCCAUGACCAGAGGGAAGAUGCUGUCAGGAAUGAGGUGCUUCUGUACUUUGGGGGGAAAGCCAUUCCAAAGGACAAAAACCCACUCCAAUGGUGGAAAGAAAAUGAAACAAAGUUCCCCUCCCUGGCUGUUGUGGCGAGAUCUUAUCUGGCUGCCCCUGCAACAUCCACACCUUCUGAACGUCUGUUCUCAGCAGCAGGGAACAUUGUGAGCAAAAAAAGAGCAAGCCUCACCAAAGAACACGUGGACAUGCUCACAUUCCUCCACAGUAAUUCAAAGUAGGAGGAGUAGAGUUGUGAGGGAGGAGAGAAGGAGGAAAGUGGCCAGUACUUAUAUUGCAGUAAUUGCACACUCUUCAUUAGCAUGUAAGCUGCCAGAAUAGUAGUUAAGAGAGUCAGUUUCAUUGUGCAUCAGGUUCUGUGUUGGGACUGUUAUAUUGUGCACGGCACAGUUUGUUUUUGCACUACAUUUUUUAUCUUUUGUAAUUUUGUACAGAAGAGAUUUUUUGUUGGACUGUAAGAGUAAACAGGCUGGCCUUUUUAUUUUGUAUACAUUUAUUCUAUAUUUCU